AUGCCAGCAUCGCUUAAAAUGCUGUUCCUAUCACCGAUACGGAGUCUUCAUGGUCCCAUCACGUCCUCAGAGCGCGCGUGCGAGACGCAUGCAUCAAUAAACAGUAUGGUCGGACUUCACUGUGGUGGUGGUGUCCGAUUUCUCUGCGUUAAUGCCGUUCCCAAAUCUAUACCAGAGAUUAAGUCUCUACUUGUACCGCUACGCCUUCCUCUGGAGGUACAUACGCCUUUCAUCGGAGAAACCUGCCCUGUCUGUCUCGCAUUAUUCAUAGGUACGCUACAGCGCACCGGAUCUCGAACAAGGAACGAAGGACACGUACAAUACAACGUUGGUGACAACUCUACUUCGGGGAUUGGCUCGCGUGUCUCGUUUUUCGACUCGACGGGACAACUCGUCAGAGGCGUCGUAGUAUCUACCAGUCAUAUGGCAGAUGGCACACAAAUGCUUCUCAUUAAACGGGAAAAUGGGGGGACGAUAAUCUUGCCAUCUGCAAGCGUGUCUAACGUGAAUGAUUAA